AUGACCGUUGACAUCGAGAGUGUUGCAAUCGAUAAAAUCGGCAAAACCGCCACGUUACGCGGCCGUUAUCAAUGGGCAGUCAGCGGUGGUCUGAUUGCAUUAAUGAAGAAGGACCGCGACGAGGGGUGGAAAGUUAAGCAGGCUGAUUACACGGAUGGAAAAUUUGGGAAACAGGUCGAUGAACUUGCGGAUCCUGGUUAUGUGAAUCCGCCACCCGAAGAUGAACAGGAGUGA